CACUCCCGUAGCUUUCCCCUUCCUCCCGAUCCCUUCCUCUCCCACACUCUUCUACCCUACCAAGCUCCAAUCCGACCCUGCAACCUCCGCUCCAGUCCACCGCCGCCCUGCCCUGUAUCCCCCGUCGCGCCGCAGCUUCGCUGUCACCACCGACGCCUCACCCUCCGCCUCCCACGCCCGUCUCGCCGCCAUCGACCACUCCCGUCGCGUCCCUGCCGUCCCCACCCCGUCGGCAGUCUCCGGCAUUGAUUCUUUUUCCCGGGGCGGUGGCUGGCGGGAGGAGGGAGAUGAGCCGUGGCCGGUCCCCGGAGCCGCUGGAUUUCUUCAUCUGGACUGUCGAGGAUGUUGGAUUGUGGCUUGAAGAGAUAAAUCUUGGUGGCUAUAGACAAGUGUUUGAAGAAAAUGGUGUCAAUGGAGAGUAUCUUGAGAGCUUGUCGAUGUUUACUACCGAGCAGAUUUUGCGGUUUAUUAGGCGGUGCCAUAUGAAAUGGGGAGAUUUUAUCACAUUAUGCAAAGAGUUGAGGCGUAUUAAAGUUGCCUGCCUGAAAGGGGAGCAAGAAGUCCGGAGGCCAUGGUGGGCACCAUCGUGCCUCUCGGUGGUGUUUGUGAGGGCGGCAAAGCGGAGCCGGCAGUCCCGAGUCGUGUCCCUGAAGCUGGAACCUUGAUGCUCGCCGGCUGCAUCGGAUCACCGAGUUGUGCUAUCCCCCAGGAGUUCCAACACCAUACGGCACUGCACCUGUUCCUCAAUGAUCUGAAAGCUGUAGGAGUAUACUGCUCCACAACUCAUCUCUCUAUCCUUGUUUUGUAUUCGUUUUUCAUCCUAUUAUAUAGUUUUGUAAUAGUACAAGUGACCUGAUGUUAGCCAAAAUGGAUGCAUAUAUUGUGCUGGAGAUCUUUCGAAUCA